CAUAAUGCUAUUUGCUAUUAGAGGUUUUCAAAUUGAAAACCUUUGCAAAAACGGAAACUGAUUUCGCUGUAUCAUCAGUUUAGUGAUUAUGUAAAUGUAUAAUAAUAAUUUUCUAAUACUCAUUUGAUGUAUUUUUUACCUCAAAUAGUGAAUAUAAGUAUAUGUAGUGGUCGUGUUUGCAUGUUGCAAUUUUUACUAUUAUUAAGAUUUUGUACUCUUAUUUAUAUUUUACUCAUUUUAGUAGCUUAUUGUUUACGUUCACCGGUUUGUCCGUAAUAACAAAGAUUACUAUUAUCCUUCAGUUUUAUGAAUUAAUAUAAUAUAACCUAAUGGAAAAUCAAAGAGGUUCUUCAGAGGGCGAAGAUAUUCCCAGUGAUUUCUUCGAUGAUUUCAACAAGGAAGAGUUUAUGGAAGGUCUUAGUGUGAUCGAUAGUUGGGAUGAUGAAGACAAAAAAGCGCAUGGUUCACGAGCGCGUAUUAAUUUAGCAGUUGAUAAUGUUCGUGACUUGAGAGAACUAAUAGUUAGACAAGAGGAUGAAACAAGAGAUGACAGGUUAAGGUGGAGGCCAAAUAAGUCUCCUUCUCAUAACAAACAAAGUAGUCGACAGAGACUCGAUAGUGAUCAUUUGGAUGACUAUAUUAAGCCUGGCAGUCGACGUGAUCCAAACAAAACGAAUGAAGCCAUUAGAAGAGACAAAGAAGUAAAGGUUAAGGAAUACUUAGCUAAGCAUUUAGGGUCUGGUAGUGACUUAUGUCCACCUGGAACUGAACUUGAAGACUUUUUUGAAGAUCAUAAAGCUGUUGAAGCCAGAAAACGUUUAUCCGUUAAUAAAAGUGGUGUUUUUUCACCAGCUAGAGAGCAUCGGCAGAAGCAUAUGCGUUAUAGUGGUGAUUCUCCUAUGAGACGGCGAGAGACGCCUCCAAGGUACAGACGUGCGCAUGGGAGCCCUCGACGACCGCAUCAUAGCCCACAUAGAAGGCCUAGUGUACGGUAUCAUAGUCCUCAUAAAAGCAUUCGUAAAUACAAUAGAUAUAGUCCUCGAAGAGUAAGUCCAGAAUUUCGUCGAGAUCGUCGAUCAAGAUCACCAUACAAGCGGUUUCGUCAUCAGUCACGAUCACAUUCGCCUGUUCGCAGACAUGAGAGAUGGAGAGAAGAACGUCAUCGAUCGCGAUCAUCUAACUAUAAAUCUGAGAGAGAUGAUUUUCUUUACCCUAAAGAUUAUCUACCGCCACCUGAAUAUUCCUCGGUUAAAACUGAAAUUCCUUACCAGGUUGAACCAGAACCACAGUACGCUAAUCCUGUCCCUGUUGAAUAUGGAAAUGCACCUAAUUAUUCAUAUACUCAGGUUCAAGGGUACAGUGGUUAUGGAAUUCCAUAUGAAUAUGGAACUCAACCAACUCCACCAAUGGUUUUGCCAGUGCCUCAACCUGUACCAGCCCCUAACAUUUCCUCAACAUCCUCAGACCCAUCAAUUUUUAAUCCCACUCAACCACCUCCAAUCAUUCCUUCACAGCACAUUGCUGUUCCGGCUAUAACUAAUCAAUCGACACUCCAAAAUGCACCAGAAACUAUGCAGAGUGCACAAAUUGAUGCAUUGGCAAAACUGGUUGCAGAGGGAAAGUUAUCACAUGAAGAUUAUUUGAAAUUGGCUCCUAGUAAAGGUUUAUGCCAAGCUAUGGAUACCCAUACAAGAGUUGCUGUGUUGAACCGCUGCCACGUCGCCAUGUCUAGGCUUGGCAACAUUAUGGUGCCAAAUCAACUGUUAAUAAAUAACAGUCUCAUUGGCUCUGAACAAAAACAAUUAGCACCCAAGUUUUGUUCACCUCUCAAGCGUCAAGCAGCUAUGGAUUUUCACUUCACCAAAUACGAUUCAUCAGCAGUGUCUCGGCAGAACAAACUCAUCGUAGAUUCUAUCAUAGCUACGCUGGACAUCGAGAAGGUUGUUGGUAAACCGAAGAAGAUUCAGAAGGAUACGAAGGACGCGGCAGUGCAAACUACAAAGCCUUUCUGUGAAGUUUGUGAGAUUCGUGAAAGUAAAAAGUUUACAAAUGCCGAAACAUCAAUCGAUCGUGAACAGUUUUCAUCUACAGUUCAUACCCAGGUUGUAGAACAAGAUUUGGUUAGUUCUAAAUCUAUGUUCAACCCUACUGGCGGUAAAGUUGAAGGUGCAAAUAUUUCGAUUGCUCACAUGACUCCGGCGCAACUUGUUUCGCAGCUAGCAGCACGAGCCAAGACCUUGAAGCAGACAGAACCAGCCCAUUCAUCGUCCCAGUUCCAUCAUACGCAAGGUUUCGACUACGACGACAGAAGGAGUGACAAACAAUAUCGCAAUCAUUAUAACUAUCGAUAUUAAAUGUUAAAGCGGAAACGAAGUCUCUAUUGUAGUAAUAGUCUAGAAUUCCAUUAUGAUAAAAAUUUGAGGACUGUGUCCUUAAAUUUUACCUAUUAAGACAACGAGAUUUCGGUUUGCGCUGAACUUUAUUAUAUUGUAUUAUAGUUUAAAAUUAAUUAUAUGUUGUUCGUCACAAUAUUCCUAAUCCUAAUGUGAAUACUUUGUUUGUGUAUUAUCUUAAUAAAUUAUUUUGAUUAUAUUUGUAAAUAGUUUUUGUAAAAACAUGAAUCUUAAAGAGACAGACACAUAUUUUCCUGGAUUUCUAUACAUUGAAAUGAGUGUAAUUGUUACUUGUAAAAA